AUGAUGGAUUCCACGGACGAGAAACAACCUCUUUUAGGAGAAAAUGCGGAAACAAGUCAAGAUCAUGUAGAUCCAAAGGAUACGAAGCCGACGCCAAAGGCAGCUUCAUUUGGAGAUCUGUUUCGAUAUGCUACUUGCUUGGAUAAAUUUCUUAUGCUACUCGGGUCACUAUUCUCGAUUGUGCACGGCGGUGGAUGGCCGGUACUCUCUAUUGUCUUCGGACAGAUGACCACUGAGUUUGUGUUUGGUCCAGGAGGCACAAACGACACGAAAAAUGACUCAUCGUCUGUAGUGGUGAACAGUUCAGACUCAAACCAGGAAUUCAGUGAUAACAUGACAAAGUAUGCCCUGUAUCAGGUGUACAUUGGAGCUGCUGUGUUCGUGGCUGCAUACUUCCAGACAUCCUGUUGGACAACAGCAUGCGAAAGACAGGUGAACAAAAUCCGACUCAGCUUCUUCCGGUCCAUAUUGAAGCAAGAUAUUGCCUGGUUUGACCAAAAGAAGAGUGGGGAACUGACCACAAGAUUGGCCGAUGACCUUGAGAGGGUAAGGGAAGGUAUCGGUGAUAAGAUCGGUCUCUGUAUACAAUACUUAGCAGCAUUCUUCGGUGGCUUUUCCAUUGGCUUCUGGAAAAGUUGGAAGAUGACUUUGGUUAUGAUGUCGCUAACGCCUUUAAUGGUCAUCUGCGCAGCUAUGUUUUCAAAGAAAAUGCAAUCGCUAUCCAAAAAUGCGCAAGCAUCAUACAGUGAUGCCGGCAGUAUAGCAGAAGAAGUGUUAUCAUGUAUCAGGACAGUUAUAUCCCAUAAUGGACAAAAACAGGAACGAAACAGAUACGAACAAGCUCUGAAAAUAUGUAAAUCGAUUGGCGUGAAAAAGGGCGUGAUACAAGGACUUUUAAUGGGAUUUGUCUUUAUCACCAUGUUUUCAUCCUACGGAUUAGCAUUCUGGUACGGGACUGAACUGGUCAAGGAUUAUUUUACCAGUAACGGAGUUGAAGGUAUAGAACCAGGAACAGUUUUAACUGUAUUUUUCUGUGUUAUGAUUGGAUCGUUCUCAAUUGGAAAUGCAGCGCCAUCUAUAGGCAAUGUUUUCAUCGCCAAGGGCUCUGCAGCAGUUCUGAUAGAAAUCAUUGAUCGUGAGCCUGAUAUCGAUGCUUCGUCUCCUAGAGGUCAGAGACCGCCAAAUAUUGACGGGAAUAUAGAGUUAAAGAAUAUUUUCUUUUCUUACCCAGAGAAGGAAAAGCGUCCAGAGACAAAGGUUCUAAAGAACUUUAACAUGUCUGUAAAGCAAGGCCAGACUGUCGCGUUAGUGGGGCCCAGCGGAUGUGGCAAGUCGACCGUAAUGAGCUUGCUACAGAGACUAUACGACCCAAAAAGUGGAGAGGUUCUCCUUGACGGUGUAAACCUUAAAGAUCUCAACGUGGCUUGGCUGAGACGAAACAUAGGAGUCGUGUCGCAAGAACCUAUCCUGUUCGGCUACUCAAUAACACAGAACAUUCGACUCGGAAACCCGAGCGCAACCAACCAGGAGAUAGAGGACGCAGCAAAAGCUGCAAAUGCACAUGAUUUUAUCGCAGCUCUACCAGAGGGGUAUAACACAAUGGUUGGCGAGAGAGGUGCACAGCUCUCCGGAGGACAGAAGCAGAGGGUGGCUAUUGCGCGUGCCCUUGUUCGGAACCCCCGCAUACUCCUCUUGGAUGAAGCGACAUCAGCCCUCGAUUCCAAGAGCGAGAAAAUCGUUCAGGACGCUCUCGAUAAGGCUCGAAAAGGGCGGACAACGAUCGUUAUUGCACACAGACUGUCGACAAUACAGAAUUCUGACGUCAUUUACGUGGUAGACGAUGGCAGAAUAUUUGAGCAAGGCACACACAGCGAGCUGAUGGACAAACAAGGACUCUACCAUGAGUUGGUAAUGGCACAAGCUCUAGCGGAGGGAGAAAGCGACGACGAAGACCAUAAUGAAGACGAUAGACAAAGCCACACAGAAGCUAAAUUCAAGGCCAAAAGAUCAAGAAAAGUGUCAUAUCAGUCAUCAACCUCUGACAAACCAGUACGACAAAUCUCCCGACAAAUGUCUCGCCAAAUUUCAAUCAACGACAAAGGAAAGACGGACAACGAGAGCAAAGAAAAAGAGGUAGAUGAAAAGGAAAUUGAAGAAGAAGAAUAUGACCCUCCGAAGUAUUUACGUAUUUUACGGGAGAAUGCUCCAGAGUGGCAUUUUAUUUUGCUUGGCUGUAUCGCCUCAGGGAUAGGUGGAUGCACGAUGCCAGCGUUUGCCAUAUUCUUCAGCGAAAUGAUUAAGGUAACGUAUAAGUGGGUGUUUAUCAACCAAGGAGAAGACAGUGUAUUGUGGAGCAUGAUGUUCGUCGGUCUCGGUGUUCUAAACUUCAUUGUUCAGCUGAUAUCGAAUGUUUGUUUUGCCCACUCUGGAGAAAACUUAACAUUGCGCCUUCGUUUGAAUACCUUUAGUGCCCUGUUACGACAGGAUGUGGCUUAUUUCGAUGACCCAAGGCAUGCCACUGGUGCCCUGACCACAAGACUUGCUACAGACGCCACUCUUCUACAAACUGUCACCGGUAUACGGUUAUCAAUCAUUGUGUCAUCUUUCGUGUCUCUGGUCGCAGCCCUAGUCAUAUCUUUUAUCUUCGGAUGGAAACUUGCUCUCGUCGUCUUGGGUGGAGUACCUAUUCUAGCUGCAGCUGGAUAUUUACAAUUCAAAGUUAUCACUGGACAACACAAAGGAGACGAGAAAACAUUAGAGAAUGCUGGAAAGGUGGCUAGUGAAGCAAUAGAGAAUAUCCGAACCGUACAGACGCUGUCCAGAGAGGAAUUCUUCUUUAAAGAAUAUUAUGACAGUCUAAAAGGACCACUCCGGACUUUCCUAAAACAAGCUCAAAUGGCUGGCUUUGCUUUCGGUUUCUCACAAGGGAUUAUUUUCAUGAUGUAUGGUGGAGCUUUUAGAUUCGGUGCCUGGCAAGUUGAAUUAGGAGACAUGGAACCUUCAAAUGUUUACCGGGUGUUUUUCGCCAUAGCAUUUACCGGAAUCACUAUUGGUCAAGCGUCAUCAUUCCUGCCUGAGUACUCGAAAGCCAAGCAUGCAGCGGGGCUCAUCUUCAAAGUCAUCGACACCAUCCCCCCGAUAGACAUCUAUUCUAAACGGGGUGUUUAUAUGGACAAGAUGGAUGGUCAGAUCAGUAUCAAAGAUAUCAACUUUAACUACCCUUGGAGAAGUGAGGUCAAAGUGUUAAAGAAUUUAACGUUUGAAGUCAAGGCAGGACAGACAGUAGCACUCGUCGGUUCUAGUGGCUGCGGUAAAUCCACAGUUAUCUCCCUUCUCCAGAGGUACUACGACCCGAUGGACGGAGGCCUGUCUGUGGACGGACGCGGGAUAAAGGAAAUUAACGUGCACAAUCUCCGAUCAAACAUAGGCGUGGUCAGCCAGGAACCCAUCCUGUUUGACUGCAGCUUUAAGGACAAUAUUGCAUAUGGCCUUGACCGCAUGGCCGGAAUGGACGAGGUUAUAGAGGCAGCUAGGGCAGCAAAUAUCCACGAGUUCAUUAGUACACUGCCGAUGGGAUAUGAUACGACUGUAGGGGAGAAGGGGACGCAACUCUCAGGUGGACAGAAGCAGCGCGUGGCGAUUGCACGUGCUCUCAUCAGAAAUCCGAAAAUUCUCCUGUUGGACGAAGCCACGUCUGCAUUAGACACUGAAAGUGAAAAGCUCGUGCAAUCUGCUUUAGACAACGUUCAACAGGGACGUACAUGCAUAGUCAUCGCUCAUCGACUGUCUACUAUACAAAACGCUGACGUCAUAUAUGUCAUGGACUCCGGACAGAUCGUGGAAAAAGGAACACACCAAGAACUUAUAGCACAAAAGGGAGUGUACUCCGCGCUAGUCAACGCCCAGCAGUUAGCUAUGUGA